AGGAAACCUCUCAAGCGAUACACACCAAACUGAGCAUGUGCAGAGUGUCUCCACACCAUACAUCUUAUCAGGAGAUAAGAAGGGGAUACUGGAAGAAGGAGAGGAUCAGAGAAGUCAGGAUCAAACAGUUUUUUUACACAAUGCAGAAGAUUAACCCGUAGGUACUACAAUGAGAAUAACGAGCAUGCUUUACUGCCAGGGGUGGACUGACAACUCAUGGGGCCCCUGGGCAAUAGGGGAUCAUGGGGCCCCUGUGUCCUUGCCCAAACUCAAAAAAGCCUAU